UAGAGACCCAGAUCAGAAUCAGGUUUAUCACUCACUUACGUCACAAAAUCUGUUUCUUUUUUGUGGUAGCAGUACAGUGCAAUACAUAAGAUUACUACAGCUUUGUGCAAAAACUCUAGGCACCCUAGCUAUAUGUGUAUAUGCACCCAAGACUUUUGUACAGUACUGUACAUUUCUAUUCGGGUCAAAUAUACACUUAUCUGCUUUGCAGCAACUUGACCUCCAAGCUGGUAUGGGAACUCCUGGUCUCCCGAGGGCCACCCGAUCAUUUACACCAGCUUGCAAGAGAUGGCCGAGUUGCCACGCUAAGUAAGUUAAUAUCAGCAGCUGUGUUCGAAAAUCUCACUGCGUGCUCGGUAUCUGCGGCUCGAAGAGCAGUAAUAAGCUUACGCACUUGCGUCGGGAAGCUUGUGCUUUGUUUGGGAGGGGAGACGUUCGGAACUGGAGUGGCGGAAACAACACGUCAUAAACACAAGAGAUUCUGCCGGGAAUUCAGAGCACAAAAUGCUGGAGGAACUCAGCAGACCGGGCAGCGUCCAGAAAGGAAGUCGUGUUGACGGGUCUUAGCCUAAAAUAUCGACCCUUUAAUCUUUUCCACAGCAACGUGUCAUAGGUUGACUCAAACACUUUUUGCCAUAAAGCUUGAAUUCCUCAAAUCUAUGUAACUCAGCUUUAAUUACACUCAAACUUUUGAGAGAAGGAAUUCAUCCCCCUUCCCAGUCUUAAAUAGGCUUCUCCCGAUUCUAAGACCAAACUCACUGGCUCUGUACUCUCCUAUCAGAGAAAAUGUUGUUACAGCAUUUACCCUCUGCAUGAUUCAAUGCAAUUUCUUUCUUCUAACCUCCAGCAAGUUGAGUCCCAAUCUUAGAAGAGCGUGGGAGGUGGGAUUAUUACAGAAGAGCGCUCACUGGGAAGUGGGGCCGAAUGGCUUGUUUCCAUAUGGUACGAUUCAUGGUUCUUUAAUCUGAUUGAUCUCUCCAUACCUGGGGUCGCCCUAGUGUUGGUUCUCAGAACUGCCCCUGACAAACAGUCUCCAGACUGCUUCCCUGAACACUUGGUCUUGCCAGUUGCAGGAAAACUUUUGCCGGAAAGAGCACAGAGGUGUUUUAUGAGGAUGUUGCCUGGCCUUCAGGGAAUGAGUGUUGGAGGGGGGGUUGAGCAGGGAUUUUGGGGCAGCGCGGUAGAGUAGCAGCUGGCGAUACACUAUCACGGUGCCAGCGAUACGGGCUCAGUUCUGCCGCGAUCUGUAGGCAGUUUGUACGUUCUCCCCUUGACCACGUGCAUUUCCUCCGGGUGCUCUGGUUUCUUCCGACAUUCCAAAGGCAUUGGGUUAGUAGGUUAAUCGGUCACAUGAGUGUAAUUGGACAGCGCGGACUCUUUGGAUCAGAGGAGUCUGUUACCAUGUCAUAUCUCCAAAUGAAAUAAAAAUCUCGCAAUACUCUCCUUCAGUGCCAAUGCAAAUAUACUUAUUGACAACCUAAUAUCAACAUUAAAAAUAACAUGCAGCUGCUUCAUGGCCCCACUGCUUGGUGGGAGAGUUGAUAUACAGAGCACAGAGAUUCAGUAAUUUCUCCUGAGGUUUAAUCUUAGAAUUAUUAUGGAACAGAUGAAAGUCUUUUGGCAUAAAGUGCACUAUUUUCCGUACAACAAUCUGAUGAAGCUUUUUUCCCCUGAUCUUUGCUCUCCCCACUGCAAAUUAUACUAAGUACCUUUCCUGACUGAUGUGACCCCCUUUGUAGGCCCUGACUGAUCCUGCAUCCACCAUCAUUCCAGGAGGUGAACUUCAAAUCCCUGAGCAAGUGGAUUUCCCCUCACAUUCCGCUUUGUAUUUUCAGCCCAAAAUUUCAUAUUUGAGCCCCUUGGUCCUUGAGCUGUCUGGUAAUGAGACACUAUAAACUCUGCCUUUACAGUGCCUCUAUUCAGCCAAUUAAAAAUUAAAGUCCUGUACAGCACACGAGCAGUAGGUACAGAACAAUCAACUUCCCAGCUCUUUACUUCACCCCCUCCCUCUCUCCUGAAAUCACCUAUCACCUGCCACCUUGUACUUCUUCAUUCCCUCCCCCCAAAUCCUUCCUACUCUGACUUCUCCCCUUGCUUUCCAGUCCUGGAGAAGGGAUCUGGGCCAAAGCGUUGACUGUUUACUCUUUUCCAUCGAUGCUGUCUGGCCUGCUGAGUUGCGGGGCAGACUCGAUGGGCCGCAUGGCCUACUCCUGCUCCUAUUUCUUACGUUCCUCCAGCAUGUUGUGUGCGUUGCUUUGGAUUUCCAGCGUCUGCAGAUUUUCUUCUGUCAGAAGCAAGUCAGUAGGCUUCUGCGCCUAAUGUCAAAGUUCAAAGUAAGCUCAUUAUCAAAGUAUGUUUAUGUCACCGUAUACUACUGAGAUUUACAUUCUCGCAUAGUCACAGUAAAACAAAUACAACAGAAUCAAUGAAAAGCUGUAGACAAAGACAAACAAUCAAUGUGCAAAAGAGGACAAAAUGUGCAACUGCAACUACAUAAAUAAUACUGAAAACUUGAUAUGCAAAGUCCUUGAAAGUGAGUCCAUAGGUUGUGGAAUCAGUUUAUCGUUGACUUGAGUGAAGUUCACUCACCUCAACACUGAACUCUCUUUCAACAAGAUCACGGCUGAUGUUUUAUUUCGACACCCCCUUCCUGCUGUAAGCCCUGUCCACUGAUUUUCUGUCUCCAAAAAUCAAAUGACCUCUAUCUUGAAUAUACUGUACUCACAGGCUGAGACUUGACAACUCCUGAGGAAUGAGUUCCAUACAUUCACUACCUUCCGAGUGAAGAAGUUUCUUUUCAUUGCUGACCUGAGUAGCUGGUCCCUUAUUUCGGAAAAUAACUCUGAGAAGUGCCACUUAAACUUCCUCUCUGCUCCAAGUUCUAAGUUCGAAGUACAUUUAUUAUCGAAGUAUGUAUAUUUUAUACAACCUUGAGAGUUGUCUCCUUACAGGCAGCCACAAAACAAAGGACACCCAAUACAACCCAUUAAAACAAAGGAAGACCGUCAAACACCUGACAAUCACAGCUAGAAUACCAAAGGCCCUCAGGAUGGCAGAGGCAAACACUCCCUCUCCUGAUUACCAGAUGUGGAGAUUGAGUGAAUGAAGGAUCUGACCUUGGAAACUGGUUUCAGCUCAGGAACCCUUUGUCAGAAGUGAGAAAAGAAGGAAUCAAGUGUGUUUCAAGUUGUAUAGCGGGCAGGAAAGGGAAUACCUCAUGGGGUGAAGCCGAGGUUGUGUGGGGAGAUGUUGGCUGAUAGGGAAAUUAGAGGGUGAACACAAGAAGUGUAAAAGCUAAGGCCUGCUGUGCCCUUGGAAGAGCGCGAGAGAGUGCAUUACGCGAAGCUGUUGAAUUCCUGAAGCUGGUGAAUGAAAGACGUAUCAGAAAAGAGGCUCCUUGCACUGGAGAGAAUGAGGAAAUCCACCAGAGGAGGCUUGAGUGAGAAAAAUGAGAGAGUCCCCAGACAAAGGAGCAAUGUUGCAAGAUGUAUCAAGGUGGGAUCCAGAGAACUAAGAUUACUGCUUUCUUACGCAAACUCAUUUACCCACACAUACAUUAACAUUUAAAAGGCAUUUGGAUAGAAAGGUGGUUAGGAAAGGUUUAGAGGAAUAUGAGACAAAUAUGAGCAAAUGGAACUAUUUUAGGCAGAAACCUUGGUCAGAUUAGAUUUAAAAUAGAUUAGUUUUAUUUAUCACAUGUACACCAAAGCAUCAAAACGAACCGUGAAAUACACACACACACACACACACACACAAAAUCAGUACUGGAGGUUCUCAGCAGGUCAGGCAGCAUUCAUGGAAAUGAACAAACAGUUGAUGUUUUGCACCGAGAACCCUUCUUCAGGACUGAAAAGGAAAGGGGGAAGACGCCAGAAUAAAAAGGUGGGGGAAUAUGCAUUGUUCUGCAUCAACGACCAACACGCAGACCGACAAUUGUGCUGUGGGCAGUCCGUAAGUGUUACCACACUUCCGAUGUCAAUAUAGCAUGCCCACAAAUUACUAACCCUAACCAUAAGCCGCUGGAAUGAGGGAGGAAACCAGAGCAUCAAGAGGAAACCUUUGCAAUCAUAGAGAGAACGUCCAAACCCCUUACAGACAGUGGCAGAAAUCAAAUCCCAAUCAGUGAUCGCCGAUGCCCCAAAGCAAUUGCGCUAGUUGCUAUGCUGUCAUGUCGCCCUUGUCAGCAUGGACAAAUUGGGCUGAAAGGCCCGUUUCUGCAUGGAAUGUCUACGACCACGUCUCUAUGCUUACUCAGUCACACAUGCGACCAUAAGACAGAGGAGGUCCAUUGUGGUUGAUAUAUUACCCCUCUCAACACCAUUCUUCUGCCUUCUCUCUGUAACCUUUGACACCCUUGCUAAUCAAGAACUGAUCAACAUCUGCUUUAAAUAAACCCAAUUACUUAGCUUCCACAUCUAUCUGUGGCAAUGAAUUCCACAGAUUCACCACACCCUGGCUAAAGAAAUUCCUCCUCAUCUCUGUCCUAGAUGGACGCCCCUCUAUUCUGAGGCUGUGCUCUCUGGUCCUAGACUUCCCUACUAUAGGAAACAUCCUUUCCAUGUCCACUCUGUCUAGGGCUUUUCGAUCUGUAUGCACCAGAUACAACUCCCUGCCUCACACCACUUUUCACUCUCACCUCAGAACUGACCUUUUAACCCCUUCACUUCCCCCUUAAGGGCUAAGUGUGGAAUGGUGGACUGAUGAAGAGGUUCCUCAGUGCCCUUCACUCAGCCUACAACAGGAGGCCACCUUGCACAGAGUGCCUGAUCAGGAGUGAGGCAGAGGUCCUUCUCCUCCUUGUGAGUGGGGUGGGUGCACAGGGGAAAUAUGCCAGGGUGGCGUCUGCUGAACUACAACGCCGAGAUGCUGAGAGGACCACAACUGGGAGGUCUUCAAGACACGGCGAGAUGGUGAAUGAACAACCAGGCAGAAGACGAGAAGGAGACCGAAGAAGUCCACCCUGUACUCUCAGAGGAAGCUGAGUGGUGCCGGGAGAUCAAAAUCCUCACUCUGAGGCUGAAAGCACGCGACUUUGCAAGAGAUUGGACACCAUCCUGUGACACGGCGUUAACUGGUUAACGCCAGAGGCACAGGUGCAGCUCACACAAAGUCUUUCUGCCUCUAUACCGACGAUGAGAGGUUUCCUUCCCAACUACUAUCUUGGUCGCUGCGCGGCUCUCGACGCACGUGUCCGGCCAGUGCAGUUGGAGUGCAGGUUGGAAGAAAGCCAUGGAACCAGCCCUCAGGGCAGUGUCGGCAGCUGGAAGUGUCCGCUAGUGCAAGCACCCUCGCGCCGGGUUAUGCAAGCAGUCAGACCACCAGGUUCAGGAACCGCUAUUACUCUUCAACCAGCAGGCUCCUGAACCACAGCGGGUAACUUCACUCACCUCAACACUGGACUGAUUCCACAACCUAUGGACUCACUUUUAAGGACUCUGCACCUCAUGUUCUCAGUGUUAUCUAUUAUCCAUUUAUUUAUUUGCAGAGUUUGUCUUUAUUAUUUAUUUAGUCAUUGAGAUACAGCACAGAAUAGGCUCUUCCAGCCCUGUGAGCCAUGCCGCUAGCAACCCCUAUUUAACCCUGGCCUAAUCGCUCUUUUACACAUUGUCAGUCCUUGCUUGUGUGCAGUUUUUCAUUGAUUCUACUCUAUUUCUUUGUGCUACCUUGAAUGCCUGCAAGAAAGUAAAUCUCAAGGUAGUACAGGAUGACAUAAACGUACUUUGAUAAUCCAUUUACUCUGAACCUGGCACUCACCAUCAAAACAUGCAUAUGAACCAAGAGCAGAUUGGGAAGUAGAAACUAAUUAAAAACUUUGAAAAUGAAUAACCUGCAAGCCUUUGAGGAAAGACUCAGGUCAAAUUACUUCUUACUUUGCUCUAUGCUUGUUACAAGUAUUUCUCUGCCAACUUAAUUGUUUGACUUCUCAUUUAUUGAACACUAUAUGGUAGCCACGUUAUUUGGCACACCUGCUUGUUAAUGCAAAUAUCUAAUCAGCCAGUUAUGCAGCAGCAUCUCAAUGCAUAAGAGCACGUAGGCAUGCUCAAGAGGUUCAGCUGUUGUUCAGACUGAACUUCAGAAUGAGGUAGAAAUGUGAUCUAAGUGACUUUGACCGUGGGAUGAUUAUUGGUGCCACAUGGGAUGGUUUGAGUAUCUGAGAAACUGCUGAGCUCCCAGGAUUUUCAUGUACAGCAGUCCCUGGAGUUUACAGAGAAUGGUACAAGAAACAAAAAGACGUACAGUGAGCAGAAGUUUUGUGGGUGAAAACACCUGGUUAAUGAAAGAGGUCUGAGAAGAAUGGCCAGAUAAGUUCAAGCUGUCAGGACAGCGACAAUAACUCAGAUAACCAAGAGUUACAACAGAGGUGUGCAGAAGAGCAUCUCUGAAUGCAAAACAUGUUGAACCCUGAAGUGGAUGGGCUACAGCAGCAGAAGACCAUAAACGUAUACUCAGAAGUGACUUUAUCAUAUACAGGAGGUAUCUAAUAAAGUGGUCACUAAGGGUAUUUUACUUGGAACACUGGCUCAGGAUUGUGCAGUGAGAAAUAAAAGUGAGCCUUAAUGUGUUCAUUGUUAAAAUGGAAACUAGGGAGAUUGCAAAUCUGGCUGAGCAGCGCCACAAGAACGGCCUCUCACUCAAUGUCAGCAAAGCUAAAGAGCUGAUCAUCGACUACAAGAGGAAGAGACUGGAGGUCCGUGUGCCAGUCCUCAUCAGGGAGUCAGAGGUGGGGAACGUUAGCAACUUUAAAUUCCUUGGCAUUAUCAUUUCAGAAGAUCUGUCCUAGGUCCAGUGCAUAAGGCGCACUAGCGCCUCUAGUUUCUUAGUUUACUAAAAUUGGGCAUGUCAUUUAGAACUUUGACAUGAUUCUGUAGUGAUGGAAAGUACACUGACUGGUUGCAUCACAGCCUGAUAUGGAAACACUAAUACCUUUGAAUGGAAAACCCUACAAAGUGUAGUGGAUACAGCCCAGUCCAUCAGGGAUAAAGCCCUCCCCACCAUUCAGCACAUCUGUACAGACAAGAGAAAAUCUGCAGAUGCUGGAAAUCCAAGCAACACACACCCACAAUGCUGGAGGAACUCAGCAGGCCAGGAAACAUCCAUGGAAAGAACUGUAGUUGACGUUUCGUGCUGAGACCCUUCAGCGGGACUGGAGAAAAAAAAAAGAUGAGGGUUAGAGUUAGAAAGUACUGUUUUCCAUAGAUGCUGCCUGGCCUGCUGAGUUCCUCCAGUAUCUGGUGUGUGCGUUGCAUCUGUAUAGAUCGCCGUUGAAGGGAAUCAGCAUCGAUCAUCAAGGACCCCCAGCAUCCAGGCCACGCUCUCUUCUCACUGCUGCCAUCAGGGAGGAAGAGCAGGAGCCUCAGGUCCCACAUCACUGGAUUCAGGAACAGUUACUUCCCCUCAACCAACAGACUCUUGAACCGGAGGGGAUAACUUCACUCAGUUUUACUCACCCCAACACUGAACUGCUCCCACAAACCAUGAACUCACUUUUAAGGAUUCUACAGCUCACUUUCUGAAUGUUCAUUGCUUAUUUAAUUGUUUAUUUAUUUUUUCUCUUUAAUAUUUGCAGAUUAUUUUCUUUAGCACAUUAGUCUUUCAUCCGUCUUUGUGAUGUGCAACUUUCAUUGAUUCUACUCUGUUUCUUUGUAUUUACUGUGAAUGCCCACAAGAAAAUGGAUCUCAGGGUUGUAUAUGGUGACAUAUAUGUACUUCGAUAGUAAAUUUACUUUGAACCUCUAGCAGAAUCUGCGGAGCACCCUCGAUUGGCUGAAUUCCUCCAGCAUUUUUCCAUUCCUCCAGAUCCAACAUCUGCUGUUGUGCAGAUCGCUGUUACCCCAGGUAAUUACUUCAACAUUCUGACUUUUAUAAAGAAAACAUUUAAAAUUAAAUUUCAAUAUUAAGCUUCCAAAUAAUCGCAUGCACAUUUCACAUCUGUUUCUUUAUUAUUCCGUCAAGUCAUUUUCAUUUUGUGUUAAAUAUUAAUUGAAAAUUGUGUUUUUUUUACUUUCUAGCUUGCUGUCUGUGAAGAUAGUUCAAUCUGAUUGGUUGCUAGGCUGGCGUAAUGACAUCAUUAUUGCUGGGUCUUGGGUAUCACCCAGAUCUAACAUCUUACAGCAAUUGAUAGUGGGAGAUGAGAAAGUGUAAAAUGCUGCAGGUGAUGGAAAUCUGAAAUAAAAACAGAAAAUACUCUAACUGUGAGAGAGCAUAUUUGAAAAAAGAAACUGAAGAUCAAUUAAUUUUGUUUUUAUUUCAGAAAAUCAGCUAUAAGCACCAUCACUUUAUCAUGAAAUUAGGCCAUUAAAUUCAAUUGGUUAUUUCCUUACUCAAAGGCAUUAUAGAUCAAAUUCCUGCAAUGGGUCUUUCAUUGUAUUCUCUGUCUCUACUAUUCUUCCUACUGUGGUAAUGCAAAGCAACAGCAUUCAAACAACAUCUCCUAAAGGACUCCAUUUAACACCUCAGCCGACUGACACUAAUUCUCCUCAUCAGCACUUUCUCAAUUACUUUUAAAGCUAUCUUUUUACCCACCCUAUCUCCGAUGGUUUGUGGUGGAAUUAAACACUUGGCCUUUUAUCAAACAAAUUGCCAGACUGUCAGAGAUUCCUGCUACCUACUUUAUCUAAUGGGUCUUGGAAGUGAUCAAGGACAGCAUUCACUGAAAGCCUCAAUUCAAGCUAUUUAACAGAAAAUUCCUGCUGCUGAAUUGUAGCCGGUAGAUGCUAAACUAUAUGUGUUAUUCUUUAUGAUAUAUUUCACUGAAUGUUACCCGAUUUUCCAGUCAGUGCCUUAUAGUUAGCAUUCUAUGGAUUUUAUCCCAAAAAGAUUUAUCCAUUCUGCUCACUUAUUCAUUUCAGCCCCUUCUAGGACAAUGGUUGUUCGCAAAAACCAACUUGGUCAGAAAGUUUAAUGGUCAACAAUUUCAUCUUCAUAUUCUGAAUCUUAACUACUCUUACCGUGACAGCUUCGGUCCUUCAAUCUCUGACCGCGGCAGCUCCGGCCCCUCUAUAAACUUACUUAUCGUUCACUAGGAGACUUGAAUUACACCAUGGCCAGUCCCCAGCCUGGUUGUGAGAGGAAGAGGGUUGGGCAUGGGGCUAAUAACCCCAUCCUGUACAAACCCAGAGCUACAGAAACACUAUCAGAAGCUCCAAAGACCCAUCCCUGGGAGAGGAAGGAUCUUCGCCGAGAAGACCUAUGAAGUUGUGUGGUAAAAGUGGAAACCACAGGGCUGAUCACCCUUCAGAACAAGAUAAUAGAGCUGUUGGUGGAUCCGCCCCAGUAGGGGUGAUGGACUUAGGGAGAAGACUUAACUGCUUAGCCUUGUCAAAAAACAUCAAUAAAGUAAAAUAAAACAUCCUUUCCUGAUUUUCCCCUCUCCCUAUAUUCAAAGACACACAGAGCUGCCUGACAAAUGCCAGGAGCUUGUUGUAGAGUCCAUCCUUUUUGCAGCCCAGUUGGCAGGAAUGAAAAGUUGGCAGGCCUUGUACAGGGCAGCACAAUAGUGUAGUGGUUAGCACAAUGCUUUACAGUACCUGCGACCUGGGUUCAAUUCCCAUUGCUGCCUGUAAGAAAUUCGUAUGUCCUCCUCGUGACCAUUUGGGUGUCCAGUUUACUCCCAUAGUCCAAAGACAUACCAGUUGCUAGGUUAAUUGGUCAUUGUAAAUUGUCCUGUGAUUAGACUAGGGUUAAAUCGGAGAUUGCUGGGCGGUGUGUCUCAAAUGGGCCUAGCCCACGCUGUAUCUCAAUAAAUAAGUAUAACAGGAAGCAGAUGCUUCCUUUUCUCCUCUCAGUUAUGGAAUAAUGUUGAAAGAUACAUGGAUUUAAAGAACAUUGCAGUUGAGAAAUAGGCCUCUUGUCUAAUCAGUGGUGUGAAUUUUACAUGACGUGAACUGCUUUGGUAGCUGCUCUUUCACCUUCGACCUCUCCCCUAUUCAAUGUCCCCUCUAAUUUGUAAUGACCAGUCUGCACAAAAAUCUUGUGCUGUGCCAUCUUUUUGCCCAGUGACAACAACAUGUGCGCACUGAACAAUUUCUUCAAUAAAAAUAGCAUAAAUAGUUCUAAAAUCUGCAGACAAAUCACCACAAACUCCGCAUCACCAACGCCGCCCGAAUCAGAAACUGGAAAAGGAAAUGCGAUUGCGUAUGAUUGUGAAAUAUAACUAACAUGCCAACGAGCUAGAGGGUGACAACCUUUUGUGCGCAGUUUGAAUUGCUUUUGUGCACUAGUAGCAAAAGAUGUGCGUGUGUAGACACCUCAGAGGGAACACUCUGAUAAAGAUAUUGAGCGGAGUCAGUCUCAGUGUCAAGGGUAGUCGGCUUCAAACUGAAUUGGCGGGGGGGGGUUUAUUUGUUGUUAAGUUUUAAAGUUCUCUAGCCUAGAGAGCAGUGGGUGAUGGCUCAUUCAUUUUAUCCAACACUAAGAUGGGUUUUGUACUAUUAAAGUUUAAGGAGAGAUUGUUAGCAAAGUGGAGUCAAGACAAUGAUCCUCUUCAGUGGUGGCAGAGGCUUGAAAAACUGUACGGUCUUAUUUUGUUUGACCCCAGCUUUCAAAUAACUGUUGGUAUCCUCCCCCUGGCCCCCAAGAUGGUUUAUGAAGCUGAAGUCAAUGAUGUGGCCCAUAGCAGAGAAUCCAUAUUCUAAAUACUCUACAUUUGAAGAGCUUUACAUUCUCACUAACCACUGGAAACAGGACAUCUUUACUGCACAGAAGCAGGCGGGCACAAAGAUAGACAACUUGAACUAAAAAUUGCAGAUGCUGGAGUUCCUAAACAAAAACUGAAAACGCUGUUACCAUACAGCACAGGGACAGGCCCUUCGGUCUACACUGAAAUGCUGGAGGAACUCAGCAGGUCAGGCAGCAUCAAUGGAAAUGAAUAAACAGUGAACAUUUCAGGGCAAGACCUUUCAUCAGGACUGGAAAGGAAAGGGGGAGACACCAGAAUAAGGUGGGGGAGGGGAAGGUGUACAAGCUAGAAGGUGAUAGGUUCCAGGUGAGGGAGAAAGUAAGUGGUUGGUGGAGGGGAGGAUAAAGUGUAAAGCUGGGAGCUGAUAGGUGGAAAAGUGCUGAAGAUGAUGGAAUCUGAUAGGAGAGGAGGGUGGACCAUGAGAGAAGGGGAAGGAGGAGGGGCAGUAAUAGGUGGGUGAGGUAAGAGGGGGGCCAGAGUGGGGAAUUGAAGAAGAGGGAAGCAAGAGGGGGAAAAGUUACUGGAAGUUGUUUAUGAUAUACUAUUCAAGCAGUAUCAGUGGAGAGAGAAACACAGUCAAUAUUUCAGGUCAUGGAUUUGAAAAGUGAGAAAAUAAUUAUGUGACAGUAAGUUCCAGAGAAGAUGAAGAUGGAGAAAAUAGGGGGAAUAUUUAGAUCAUAGAACAGAGUACAGGCCCUUUGCCCCACGAUCUUUUGCCAACCUUUUAACCUAUUGAAGAUCAUAAACUUUCCCUCCUUUACUUUUUCAUAUUACAAAUUGAAAUUAAUAAUUAUAAAUAAAUAAUAUUGAAAGCACGAGCUGUAGAGUCCACAACCUAGAAUCACUUUCAAGGACUCUACAACUCAUGUUUUCAAUAUUAUUUAUUAUUUGGUUUUUGUUUACGUAUUUGCACAAUUUGUUGUCUUUUGGUUACUUGUCAGUCUUUGUGUUCAGUUUUUCAUUGAUUCUAUUGUUUCUUUAUAUUUACUAUGAAUGCCUGCAAGAAAAUGACUCUCAGGGUAGCAUACGUGACCAAAGGUGACAUCCUUCACACAGUUCACAAAACUACUUCUUUUACAUCUAUUACUACUUCUUCUUCAAAUACGAUUCUACUACUAUUGAAACCUGCGGUUUACACUUCGAUACUGUUUUUACGGACCGAUUGAGCGAUCUGGCGCUUUGUUGUUUCUGAGGGAAGUCGGUGAGGUUUUGAGCGAAGUGUCUGGCCUGGAGGCCCAAGAAGCCUGCAGCCCAUGACCAACUCCAUUUCCAGUCAAUUAAAGUGUCAAGGAAGAUUGAAAAUAACAAGGACAAGAGCAGAAGGUAAACAGAUGCUCAGCACCGUCGGCCUGCGUUUGACAGGUCUCUCUCGCUCACUGCUGUUGGAGGAAGAUGCCAGCCUGUGACCAGUCCCCAUCUCGCUCACUGUUGCUGGAGGAAGAUGCCAGCCUGUGACCAGUCCCCAUCUCGCUCACUGUUGCUGGAGGAAGAUGCCAGCCUGUGACCAGUCCCUAUCUCGCUCACUGCUGUUGGAGGAAGAUGCCAGCCUGUGACCAGUCCCUAUCUCGCUCACUGUUGCUGGAGGAAGAUGCCAGCCUGUGACCAGUCCCCAUCUCGCUCACUGUUGCUGGAGGAAGAUGCCAGCCUGUGACCAGUCCCCAUCUCGCUCACUGUUGCUGGAGGAAGAUGACAGCCUGUGACCAGUCCCUAUCUCACUCACUGCUGUUGGAGGAAGAUGGCAGCGUGUGACCAGUCCCUAUCUCACUCACUGCUGUUGGAGGAAGAUGCCAGCCUGUGACCAGUCCCUAUCUCGCUCACUGUUGCUGGAGGAAGAUGCCAGCCUGUGACCAGUCCCCAUCUCGCUCACUGUUGCUGGAGGAAGAUGCCAGCCUGUGACCAGUCCCCAUCUCGCUCACUGUUGCUGGAGGAAGAUGCCAGCGUGUGACCAGUCCCUAUCUCGCUCACUGUUGUUGAAGAUGCCAGCCUGUGACCAGUCCCUAUCUCGCUCACUGUUGCUGGAGGAAGAUGCCAGCCUGUGACCAGUCCCCAUCUCGCUCACUGCUGUUGGAGGAAGAUGCCAGCCUGUGACCAGUCCCUAUCUCGCUCACUGUUGCUGGAGGAAGAUGCCAGCCUGUGACCAGUCCCUAUCUCGCUCUCGCUCACUCCAGCCGGAGGAAGGCAUGUGACUUCGAACCGUCUCUCUCUCUCCCUCUUGUUGAUGCUACCGCAGGUUGGUGCCGGAACCUUGGGGCUUGGGCAAGGUUUAACGGAUUUUGGUUUGCGGAUUGGACAAGGCAGCUCAUGUUACGAUAUAUUUCUGUUUGCUCCUUUUUUAAAUUAUGCUUUUGUUCAGGGCAGGCUGGCUCUGCACCCUGCAGUCUGUGAAUGACACUGUGCUAAAUUGAACCGAACAUUCCCAAACGCUGGGCAUUUCAUGCUUUCUUUGAACGGGUUCCCUGUUUUUCCUUGUUUCGUAGCCGUCCGUGGGAAGAGAAGUCUCAGGGUUGUAUACUGCAUACAUACUUUGAUAAUGAAUGUACUGUGAAUCUUCGGUGACAUGUAUGUACUUUGAUAACAAAUUUACUUUGAACUCACGCACGGACCUCAUAAUUUUCAUCAAUGUACCCAAGAGUCUCCAAAAUGUCCCAAAUGAAUCUGCCUCUACCACCAGGCCUGGCAGUGCGUUCCAUGCACUGACAACUCUCUACCGCUAUGCUUUCCACAAAUCAUCUUAAAAUUAUGCUCUUUCGUAUUAGCCAUUUUUGCCCUGGAGAAAUGUCUCUGGUUGUCCACUCUAUCUUCUUGCACACCACUAUCAAGUCCCUUCUCAUCCUCGUUCGCUUCUUUGCGAUAGGUUACAGACCAAAGUUGUCAAGGUAACAAUUACUUUUAAAACAGGAGGCUGGAACAGAAAGAAAGAAUCAUACUGAAGCACACAUUUGUUGGGAGCAGAAAAAGUGGAGAUGUGAAGUAGUUACAAUCAGUAGUAUAUCUUGAGGGCUACAUCAUACCGGAAGAAAAAUGGGAUUCUGCUCUUUAAGCUUACGUUUGGUAUUGUUUGGGUUGACAGACAGAACAGUUGGAGUGGCAUUGGGAGAUAGAAUUAGGUGGUUGGAACCUCUGUAUUGCUGGUGGACGGAAUACAGAUGCCCCACAAAGCAGUUGUCCAAUCUCUAUUUGGUUUCUCUGGUGCAGGAGCAACCACAUCACCAAAAACAAGAUACCAAAUUAGAAGCGCUAAUGAAUUUCUGCUUUAUCUAGAAUGACUUUUUGGGUCCCUGUCUGGUGGAAGGGAAGAGGUUAAAGGGGAGGUGCUGCAUUUUCCACAGCUGCCAGGAAAGGUGCCACAAAGGGGGAAGUGGCUGGUGGAGAGGAACAUCUGGAUUAGGGAAUUACAGGGGGAAUGGUCCCUGUAGUUUCCCACAUUUUUGACAUAGCAUCUAUCAUCAAGGGCCCCCACCAUCCAAGCCAUGUUUUCUUCUUACUGCUGCCAUCGGGAAGCAGAUACAGGAGGCUCAGGUCCUACAAUACCAGGUUUAGGAACAGUUAUUACUCCUCAACCAUCAGGCUCCUGAACCGGUGUGGGUAAUUUUUCUCACCUCAACUCUGAUGUGAUUCCACAACCUAUGGACUCACUUUCAAGGACUCUACAACUCAUCUUCUCAUGUGGAGGAUCAGCGAGAUCUUGGAGUCCGUGUCCAUCGGACACUCAAAGCUGCUGUGCAGGUUGACAGCGUUGUUAAGAAGGCGUAUGGUGUGACGGCCUUCAUCAACCAUGGGAUUGAGUUCAAGAGCCGUGAGGUCACCUAUAUAACACCGAAGCCUAUGACACAGAGAUUUAAUCAUGAAGAGAAAUAUUAUUGAAAAUUCAACACAAGCAGGAUGCUUUCCUGUAUUACUAUUCAACCAAAGGAAAAGAACCCGAUUGCCAUUAACUUCAAAUCCUAUGGAACAUGAAUCAAGCUCCAAUAGCAAUUUUCCUACAUUGGAGAGUUUUGAUUCACCACCUGCAGGCAACAGAGGAUUGAUACAAAGCAGACCACAAAGCAAUCAGAUAACAAUGCAGAACAAUUAUGAGGCCCAGUUCCAGUAUCCCAGUAAGAGGAGCUAUUUGGACAAUACCAGUAGUUCAGUAAAAACUAUGAAAACCAGCCAACCUCAGCAACACGUGCCACAACGUGAACAAGCUCAGGCAUACAGGAAGUUUUCCUAUGGAUCUAAUGCUGUAGGGCAAAGCAGCUGGAACACGGGUGUUAAACAACAGCUGGGAAACACUUGGAAAGAAAAUCCUAAGCCUGCAAUAAAUGACAUAAAGGAAUUUGCAUCUACUACUGGCACUAAUUAUUCACAAAUGAAAAUGGCAGAUACUUUCAGAUCACAUGUCUCAUCUGAUCCUUACAAAGCACAGACAAAAUCUUAUCAACAAAUACAUCAGAAGUUCAAGAAUUUGCCUCAGAAUACAGCAAGUUAUAGAUAUUGUGGUCAACAAAAUGAGUGUACUAAAAAUCACUUUAUAAAUGAUCCCGAUGACGGUGUGGAUCAGAGGUCAAAACCUACUCAGAUGAAAUUUACACAACCAGAUAAUACAUUACGUGUUAUGACUGCAACUAUAGAAGGCAUGAAACACUGGACUCAAUACAGUGAUAGGCUUGCACUGCUAUUUGAGGUCUUCGCUACCUUAGAUUCUGCAGUCAUAUCUGGAGAAUACAGUGCUAAAAAUUUCCUUCUGAGAGAUAGAAAAGAUUCAGUUCCAUGUGUGUUCUAUGAAACAGACCGCAUACUUCCAAGAUUAAUCAGAGGACAGAUACACAGAUGCAUGGGCACCUAUGACAAGAAAAGAAACCUUUUUAAAUGUGUCUCUGUCAGGCCAACUACUGCUGUAGAACAGAAAACCUUCACUGAGUUUGUCAGUGUAGCAGAUGCUGAGAUGACACAGUUUGUUAAGGCUCUAAAUGAAGUCUGAGUAUGUUUCAUAAUACGUUUCUCUAAGUUGGGAGACUUAAAUGUUUGCAAAAGGAAUAUAGAUUUCACACUGUUUAAAAAUCUUAAUUUUAAAAUUGCAACUGUAGAUUGAAUAAAUAUGUUGUGAAUAACCAGGCUCCAUAGAGUGUUUAAACCUCUGUUUUGAAAUUGAAUUUAUGUAUACUGAACCAUUUGUUUUUAGUGGAUUUUAAGUGGUUGUUUGAUUCCAUUACAGGGCACUUCAACAGAAAUGUUGAUUCAGUAUGCUAGAUGUGAUGCCUCUUGUACACAUCCAAUCAGCCUUAAUUUAGAGACCUGUUACUUAACAGAAUACUAUUUUUGUUUGCCUGUAUAUUUCCAAAGCAUUUGC